AUGGCCACCUCAGUGUUACAGUCACCUCUUUUGCAACAUUCACCUCUGUGCAACUGUCACUUCUGUUACUACGGUCACCCGUGUGCAACGGUCACCUGUGUGCAACGGUCACCUGUGUGCAACGGUCACCUGUGUCCAACGGUCACCUCUGUGCAACGGUCACCUCAGUGUUACGGUCACCUCUGUGCAGCAGUCACCUUUGUGCAACAGUCACCUCUGUGCAACGGUCACCUCUUUUGCAACGGUCACCUCUGUGUAACGGUCAUCACUGUGCAACGGUCACAUGUGUGCAACGGUCACAUGUGUGCAACAGUCACCUCUGUGCAACAGUCACCUCUGUGCAACGGUCACCCGUGUGCAACGGUCACCUGUGUGCAACGGUCACCUGUGUGCAACGGUCACCUGUGUGCAACGGUCACCUGUGUGCAACGGUCACCUGUGUGCAACGGUCACCUCUGUGCAAUGGUCACCUCUGUGCAACGGUCACCACUGUGCAACAGUCACCUGUGUGCAACGGUCACCACUGUGCAACGGUCACCUGUGUGCAACGGUCACAUGUGUGCAACAUUCACCUCUGUGCAACUGUCACUUCUGUUACUACGGUCACCCGUGUGCAACGGUCACCUGUGUGCAACGGUCACAUGUGUGCAACGGUCACCACUGUGCAACAGUUGUCUCUGUGACGGUCACCUCCAUAUCUGCGGCCAGUGGAGAAAGUCGCUGCAUAAUUUUGUGCUUUGA